AUGGACGUUGAAAUGUCUGAACAAGAGCCUAUUGAACCAAUCAAUAUCAAUGAUAACAUCGCUCCAAAAAAUAAUACUGGAUCACCAAAACCUGUUGUUAUAGAAGAGAACGAACAACAACUACAAAUUAAAAUGGAGACAACUGUCGAAGAUUCAAAGGUAGCGACAAGCACCACGACCACUACCACUGUAGUAGAUGCUGCUACCGCCGCUGCCGCUGGAGCUGAAAUAGUAACUACUGAGACAGCCAUUCCUGGUACAGAACAAACUAUUAUUAUGAAUGAUGAGGAAGAAAAAAACAGGCUUGAAGAGGAAGCUCGCAAAUUCCUAUCUUUACAAGCACAAGAAAUAGUAAUACCAUCAUAUGCUGCUUGGUUUGAUAUGGCAAAAAUUCAUAAUAUCGAAAAAAAAUCUUUACCAGAAUUUUUUAAUAAAAAAAACAAAUCUAAAAAUCCAACUGUUUAUAAAGAAUAUAGAGAUUUUAUAAUCAAUGCAUAUCGACUUAAUCCUUCAGAAUAUCUAACCGUCACUGCUUGUCGUAGAAAUUUGGCCGGUGAUGUCUGUGCAAUUAUUCGUGUACAUGCUUUUCUUGAACAAUGGGGAUUAAUAAAUUAUCAAGUAGAUCAAGAUACACGACCAUCAUCUGUCGCGCCUCCUUUCACAGGACAUUUUGUUAUUACUGCAGAUGCACCAAGAGGUCUUCAACCAUAUCUACCAAAAGGUUCUGUUGCUGGUGAUUCCUCAUUUGGAAUUCGCCAAAAUGUUGAUUGUACUCAAUCUCGUUAUCAUAGUUUAAAGAAUGGAAAAUUAGAUCUGUGUCUCAAUUGUUAUUCAUCUGGCCAUUAUCCCACUUCAAUGCAUAGUGGUGAUUUCUUAAAAAUGGAUGAAGCACAAUUCAAACAUGCUCAGGAUGAAGAAUGGACAGAACAAGAAACUUUAGCACUUUUGGAAGGUAUUGAAUUAUAUGAGGAUGAUUGGCACAAGAUUGCUGAACAUGUGGGUACUCGUACUAGAGAUCAGUGUAUUCUGCACUUUUUAGAAUUCCCUAUUGAAGAUCCAUUAAAUGGAGCAAAAAUGUCAAAACUGGGGCCACUUCAGUAUCAAAGGAUGUCUUUCAGUCAAGCAGAUAAUCCAGUGUUGUCAGUUGUUGCAUACUUGGCAUCUAUUGUGAGUCCUAAUGUUGCAGCAGCAGCAGCUAAAUCAGCAAUCAAAGAAUUACCGUCACCAUUACCAUCAUCAUCAUCUGCUGUUGUUACCAAAAAUAAUAAUAAUUCAGAAACUAAUCCAAAGGAAUCUAAUGAAUCUAAUGAUGUUAAUCAUGAUACACAAACCAUUGAAGAAGGAAGAAUUGGUGACAUUGUUGAUGGAGAAAUUAAAGUGAAAAAUGAAGAUGCAAUGGACACAGAAGUGGCAACUGAACCAAAGCAAGAUUAUGAGGAUCGAGAGAUACAGAGACUUGUUAAUAAAGUUAUUAAAAAUCAAUUGAAAAAACUUGAACUCAAACUUCAACAAUUUGACGAAUUAGAAAAUGUUAUUGAGAAUGAAAGGAAGGAAAUAGAGAAACAACGUCAAUUGUUAUAUCUUGAACGCUUAACUCUUAAAAAGAAUAGUUUAAUCAUACAAAAACAAUUAAAAGGAGGUGGUGGAAGUAGUGUUGGUGUCAAUAAUAUUACUAACAAUAACAGUGGUAGACCAUUAAGUAAAGAGGAAAGUAAAAUUGGUGAACUUUAG